CUCGGGGGCUGCAGACUUCUCCGCAACCCUUGCGAUUCUUCGAUCAAUGUGCCUCUCCUCUCCUCACUCAUUUCACAUAAUUUCACAACUACAGGCAGAAAAUUAGUUACAACCCAGACGGGCCCGUUCGAUUUAAAUUAUAUACGAAUCAGACACUUUGUUGUUAAAUUCUUUGCUCGUUUUUACGAGCUAUGGAAGAAGUCCUAUCAGAGGGAAAAAAUUUCAAGUUGGUAGACGAAUCAGAGCUUCCAGAUAUAAUUGACUUCCUGGCUAAAUAUUUACCGGAUUCUAUUAAGUUUCAUCAGACGCUGAAGACUUAUCUUAAAGAUCGGGUUUGGGAUUUUCAUUUUUACGUCACGAAAACGUGGCCGGAACAGGCUGUGAUUUUACAUUUUCCAGGAAUGACCCUAACGCCGAAUAGUAAAUUAUACGAAAGCUUCAGUGUGUUUUGCCCCUGUGAUCAAUUAGAAAACAUAAAACUAUUGACAGACGAAGACAUAUUAAUCGACUGGACUCAACCUAUUUAUCUGAACUUUACUCACGCCAAGAUAAUGGAAAAAAUAGAGGAAAUUUAUAGCGAACAAGGCACGAUGGAAAAGAUGUAUGGAGAAGUUUAUGGGACAAACAAUGACGACACUUACAAUGAGGAGGAUGGUGUAAAGGCGGUUUUCGCAGAGGACGCGGAGAUGAUGCAGCUAUCGCCCGAGCAUGCUCAAAUGAUUCACGACUUGUACCCGGCCAACCACAUGGAAUGUGUUGAAGUAUUCGAAAAACUUAUCAAAAAGCUACCUUGUUACGGGGUAUUUUCAGCUAAUGGAGAUUUGGCCGCUUGGAUGGUACAGUCUUACUACGGCGCCAUGUUUUCAAUGCAAACGCGACCUGAGUAUAGGAGAAAGGGAUAUGGACUGAUUCUUGCUAAGUACCUGACCAAACUGGUAAAAGAGCGUGGUUACAUGCCAUUCGUAGUGAUCCGUCCUGAAAACGACGCCUCUAAGGGCCUCUACACGAAGUUAGGUUUCAAAAAGUACUUCGAGACGGUAAGAGCCAUCUUACGGCCCCACGAGAUGUCAAGCGAUGCUCAGGGUGGAGGGACGACAAACGGUCACCAUUAAAUAUUAAAAACAAAUACCUAGAGAUUCUAAUUCGAAAAAGUAAAAAAUAAAAUGAAACAUUAGAUUGCGACGCACAUGUUUUGAGCUGAAGGCUUCUAACCACCGUUUUACAUUUCCGAUUCCAAGUUUUGAAAAUAAUUGGAGAUUGUAACUACACCGAUUUUCAUUCAGUAAAUAUUUAUCAACAGGCAUAAACAUUCUCUUUAUAGAGCGUUUUACGUCAAGAACGGAACGUUGCACAGAUAGAGCUAUGUAUUUCUUAUGGUGGAAAGAAGCGCGCCGAUGCCACGCCGUCUGAUUAGAAUGAAUCGUAUAUCGACAGUCUAGUAGCAAAAUGUGCCUGAGAGUUUUGGCAACACUGACCUGCAUAAGCCAAACGUUCCGUUCUUAACGUGAAAUACAGUAUAUUAGGUUUCUAAUAAAGUAUAACCUAAUAUCAACUAUAUUAGAUUUCUAAGGCUUUGGUAAAUUCUAGAAAUUAACAAACAAAAGAGUAUACUAAAUCAAUUGUUAUGCGAUUUAUAAUUUGAUAUCAAAUAAAAAAAAAACUGAGAACAAAUAGAAAAUAAAGAACCUCUAAAUGUUUGUAGAUUGUUUAGACCAGCAAUGAGGGUUAGCGUUUAUCUGUUUCAUUGAGUAUGUUCAAUUUUCACAUGCAAAAAAUAUUCUAAUAUUUUUAACCACAUUAAAUCUCUUAUUACAACCCUUAAUUUAAAUAAAUCUCAAGCCAGCCCUGUUCAAUAGUACCAUUUCAUCCCUCCUAUUUCUUACCCUCUCUCCUCACCCUUACAGACAGACAAUAUUUGGACAAUUUGCGAUUGGGAAUCUCUCUUCUCCGACACCCGCCGUAGGGUGAGCUUCUCUCUCGUACCUCUUGCAACACGUGAGGGUGCAAUCUCUCUACUCCUCUCUCUCAUCAGCCGUUCGACGGUCAACAAGUACCACUCACACGUGAGGGUGCAAUCUCUUCGCCACGAUCUUUUGACGUAUUAAGUCGGUACCGCUCAUCUCUUGACGGUCCAGCCUUUCUUUUGGGGUGAAACGAACAAUAGCAAUACGUGCACGAACAUUAAUUCGGGAGUGACGCCAUACACGAUUUCGCAACAGUCAAAACGCGAGGCACGUCAUACGGAAACAGUCAUCUCGUAUGUGACCGGCUUCAGUGUUCCGGACAAGAUUUCAUGACUUGGUAAGACUUUAUGAUACAUAUGAAUAUUGUCUGUAUAAAACCUUUAUACUCCCACUUGAACCAGUAAACUAGCAAUCCCUAACUACAGUCCACACCAUCUGAAAGUAUAUUCAUACUCUCACAUAUGUACAAGUUAUCGUACAGAGUAGUAAAACAUUGUAUGGCCGUUUUAUUUGCUUUUACUCAAUUUUAUUGUGUUGUGCGUCAAUCGCUACAAGAAGUUAACGACGUUAAAUAGAUACUUUAUUUCUUUCUUCUUCUGUAGGUGCCGUCUCCGCUUCAAAGGAAGGCAAUCAUUAGAGCGAUUUUUACUUUUGAGACCGCGGUUCUAAAUGUUUCGCUGUUACUACAUCCAAACCAUUACCUAAGGUUCUUCGGCCAUGAGUUACGUCUCCUUUCUAUGGAUUUUUUCCCUGGAUUUCUCCUUGCAUAAUGACCUGGAGAAUUAGAUAUUACGUACUGCAUACAGUAUGUAUACAUACCGCAUAUUAUGCUUUACUGCAUACGUCUCAUUACCUCUACGUUGGUUAUUCAAUAUACCCACGAGAUCUUCAGUAGUCUUCUGUACAUCCACCUGUUCUUCUGGCCUGUUCAAUUGUGAUUUGUGUUUCUUGAAAGGUGUCAUUGCUUUCAUUAAUGGUUGUACUUAGGUAUUUAAAUUCUCUUACUCUUUCAAUAGGCUGAUUCUGUAUAUAUAUCUCACGAAUGUCCUGAGUUUUCUUUGUUAUCAUAUAUUUCGUCUACUUAUGUUGAGCGAUAGUCUAUAUUCUUCACUUACUGCGGUCACUUUAUUAAGCAGUAUCUGUAGGUCUUCAUGUGAUUCGGCUAAAAAAACUGUAUCAUCAGCGUAUCUCAGGUUAUUUAUGAUCACGCCAUUAAUUGUACUGCCUGCGUUUUGUUCAUCCAUUGCCUUACUUAAUAUGUCUUCCGAGUAUAUGUUAAAUAAUGUUGGUGAAAGUAUACUCCCUUGUCGGACAUCUCUUUGUAUUUCUAUUUCUUCUGAUGUUUUAUUUCCUAACUUAAAAAAAUAAUAACAAGAAAACAAUAUGGAUCAAAAUUUAUUUAUUCUUUAAAAAAUGUUAACAAAAAGAGAGAAACAAAUAAAUGUAUGUUGGUAAAUAUAAAAAAUAAACGUUAAUGAAACAUUUGUUGAAUAGGCUGUUACAAUUUCCAUCAAGCUUCAAGUUCAUCAACUUUAACAUCAAGUUUUAGCUCAAAUUCAUUUACACUGCGAUUUACUCUCAUGUAUGAAAUACAAGAGAUGUUUAUUUUCUAUAUUUGAAAAUAGACUGCCACCGUUAAACUAGAAUAUUAAACUUCAAUUAUUCACGUAACAAUGCAUGCACUAGGAAGCGAUGAAAACGUUAAGACAUACCUACUAUUUGCAGUUUGACCGGAAUUUUUACCAGCUGUUUUGGUAAUUUGACUUAAAUAAUCAACUUAAUAAUUAAUAGGUUAUUGUUCUUCAUAAGUUGGAAACUUAUUAAGAGCAAAAAUUUUUUUUAACACGACAGUAAAUAUGACGUUAGAUACUUUUUCUUAUUUUUAUACCAUUCUCGUUUUCAAGCGUUGGUUAUAUAUUACUCACGAACGUGAGUCACGAUUUACUAAAGCUACGCUCCAUGUAAACUAUGAAACGCUAUGACAUUCAUGAAAUACGAACGGUAAAUUCUUUUUACAAAUCGAUAUAAUCAGAAUCGUGAGAGGAUCAAAUUUGGUUUAUUUUUGGAUCGCGUAGUAAAUCGUGAGCCGUGCAAGGUGGAGCUCAAUGAGCUCAUGCCAUAUGAUGCGUUUCUAAGUAUUGAGUUUCUUUUCCUGUCUUUUUUCAGUUGAUUAUUAGGUACUUGGGCACAAUGUGAAUAUUGUUUUGUAGCUAAUAAACCUAGACAGAAAAAUUUCACCGCCCAAAAGCAAUGUUUGGACGUCGUUUAAGAAACUUUUGCUGCAAUUUUUGCUGCAAACUUUUAAAAACAUCAGGAAAUAUGUACCUCCAAUUUAUACGCCGACUUAAAACAAAACAUGGUGUAUCUUUUAAUUCAGUAAAUAACAGGAAAGACAGCGAGAAUACGAAUAUGUGUGAAAACCAUACAUCGAAAAGCAAUGCAGUGACUGAUAGAAGAUAAAACUGAGAAUGUAAAAAUAUAUAGUACCGCAAAGUUAUAAAAAAACUACUUAAUGACUAUAACUAAAUAUUCUGAACAAUGAUACAUUCAAUGAUUUUCUAUUGAUUUCGGUAAUUUUAAUGAUUCUCAAUAACUUCCGAUCAUUUUCAAUGAUUAUCUACCAUUGAUGCUCAAUGAUUCUUAAUUACGCUCAAUGAUUCUCAAUUAUUCUACAUGAUUCUCAACGAUCUUCAAUGAUUCCCAAUAACUUUUAAUGACUCUCAGUUGUUUAAUGGAUCUCAAUAAGAAUAAUGAAUUUUUCAGAUAUAUCGAACUCAUAUCGAUUUUUAUUUAAAAUGUUUAGAAUAUACCUACAUAGUGUUUAAAACUUUGCCCAAAAAAUGAAAUUAAGAGACAUCUUAUAUUUCAAUUCGUUCAGAGAGGACCAUAAACGCCCUUAAGUACGUUUCACCCUUAUUAGGGAUCAUCGAAGGGGUAUUAUAUGGUUACCUCUGAAUGAAAUGAAAAAUAAUCAUUAACCCAAUGUCGAAUUACAAUAAAUAACUCGAUGUGGAUGCUAUAGCGACAUCUGCUUAAAGAAAUUCAAAGUUUUAUUUCUGGAGAAAUAAACACUUCUCUUGGGACCAGUUUUUGCAUGGUUACGCCUGGUAAGUUUCUAUUACUUGCAAACUAAACCACGAUGAAUGAAAUAAGACACUAAUAGUAAGUAUUUUCUGUCUAUUCAUCAAGGCAAAAAUUACAACGAAAUCUCGGUCCCUAUACUCAGAUGGAAUUAAGAGGUAUCUCAUAUUUGAAAUAUAGACUUCCUCGUGUUUUCUUUCAUUCAUUUUUCGUGUGGUUUGCAAGUGAUAGAAACUACAUAUACAGGCGUAACUAAAAAUUGGUCACAAGAGAAGUGUUUAUUUCUAUGGAAAUAAAACUUUGAAUUGUUUUUUAAAAAAAAUCUUAUACUACAGAUUUUAACAAUUUUAAUACACAUCUCAAUGGCACUUGAUUAGUUUAAAUCACAUAUUAAAAAAGGAAACAUUGACUCAUGUAUUUCAUUCCAUGGGAGUAGUGAAUCGCGAGUGUAUCCUUUCUAGAUGUAGAAACUUAAUUCUUUAUCAAGAGGUUUAACGGAGACGUAAGUUGUAGUUAGACAGUAAAAUUUCUUACUUUAUUUAUAUGCUAUUUUUUUUUAAUAUCUGCAAGGAACAAAACUGUUUGAUAAAUACGUAUGAAGUUCAUGCGUUCUUCCUAAAACUAGGCUCAUAUAAUUAGUUUACUUUAAAUCCGGUGACGGCUCGUGAUUUUUACAAUAGGGGAGGCUAUAACUAUAUAUCUAUAUAUCUAUUAAAAAAAAGUAAUUUAAGGCCCUAUUUGUUUUUGACCAUUUUUUAUCAGUGGCUAUCAAAAUAAAUACAGAUUUGAAGUUUUGCACUAUCAUACAGGUUGAAGGUUCACAUUUUUUAAGAUACUCAACUGAAAUGAUUUUUUUAAACGCGAAUCCGCAAACAACAUACAUUUUUGAUAUUUUGCUUCGCGUUAGAGAUAUGGAAAAAAGUUAUUUGAACAAGUUACUCCAAAUAUUAUUCUAACCACACAUACCACAAAAUUUGAUGACAAAAUUCGCACUUUAGUUUUUUCAUUAUUUGUAGUCAGGCCCCUUAAAUUGGUGGCCCAGAGAACGGAGGCUGCAAGCCGGCCAGCCUCCCUUGCUAAAUCUCCGGGCAGCGUGUGCUUAAACGCAGACCGGGUCUCCUUAAAGGCUGCCGAAGUGAGGCUGACCAGCCGGCAGCUUUCGUUCUCGGACCACUAAUUUUAGGGUCCUAACUACAAAUAACGAAAAAACUAAAAGUGCGAAUUUUGUCAUGAUAUUUGGUAUGUGGGGUUAGAAUAAUAUUUGGAACAACUUGUUCAAAUAAUUUUUUCGAUAUCUCCAACGUAAAGGUAAAUAGCAAAGUAAACAAAACACGUCUAGCGUGUGUAAAAAAUUUAUGGGGAGGCUAAGCCUCCCUUGCCUCCUUUGAUCAGCCGCCACUGUUUAAAUCAUGUCAAUAUCUUAGUUUAUCAUCACAAUAAUAAACAGGUCCUGAAUCGAUUAUCCUUGUACGGCCUUAUCCUUGUAAUAGGCACAAUCAAAUUAGGUAAAAUCUUUUGAUAUAUGAUUAGUAUAAUUUCAAAAUUGGAGACAAAGUUCUUAGACAUCUGAAUACGUUAUAACGAACACCUUGUCGCUAAGGUUGCUAGGAUGUUGUCGAUAUUUUGUCAUCUACAUCUAUUUAAUAAUUUAUAUCUGUAGAGGAUAAUAGACCACCCUUUCUGUAUCUAAUUGAGUUGAAGAAAGCAUUUGACAGAGAAAGUCUGAAAGAUGUAGGUAAUUCAUAUUUUGUAUAAUAGAGAAGUUCCUCUAAAUAUCAUAAAAACUAUUAAAUUAAACCAUUUACUAAACAACAAAAUGGAAGUCAGAGUAGAUGGACAUCUUAGAGAACCUAAUGACAUAUGCAGCGGAAUCAAAACAGAGGGACUCAUUAAGCUUUAUGCUCUUUGAUUUUAUCAUGGAUGAAAUCAUCAAAAGUGUCAACAAAGUAGGGGUAGGAGUAGGGAAAUAAAGAAGAAAAGAGACUCUGUUACGCAGACGACACAAUAUUGACAGCCCAAGAUGAAGAUACUCUGCAAAGACUAGUCCACAGAUUUAAUAUAUGUAGGAGUAAAAGGAUUUAAUAUGAAAAUCUCAACUUAGAAAACUAAAACAAUAGUAAUUAGUAAAGAACCAAUCAAAUGCAAAGCAGAGAUCAAGUACAAAAAUAAAUGGCAUGCAAACAGACUGGCAGAUACCUUAGUCACACUAUAGGUAUGGACAACCGACAUAUUAACACUGAGAUAAAGUCAAGAAUUUGUAAAUCCAGUGAAAAACCAAUAAUGACGUACAUACCUACGCAUUUUUUGCGAUAAAAUACUUAGAUAUUCAAAUAUUUUGGGUUUCGAAUUAUUUGUCUUUUAUAAGGCUGGAAUUUCAUUUCAAAAAAAGAAAGCAUGGUAUUUCCUCCAUGGAAUAGCAUAUUUGGUGUCAUCUUAAAUAUGUUAUAAUGUUUUUAAGGGAUAUUUUAUUCGAUUUACUUUCACUUUAAAUUUUUUUAAAUGCUUGAACACUUCUCGACAAGACUUCAAAUCACCACCAAAAGUGACAUAUUACAUGUAAACAAAAUACUUUUUAGUUCUUCAGUGCCUACAAUUAGCUGUGCUUCAACCCUAUAAAGAAAUUUCUAGUACGCCAUUGUAAGAUGCAAAAUAACAAGUCUUCAUCUUUUCUGAGAAUUUAGUGUCUACAGUUCUGAAAAAAUUAUACUUGAUAUACAUACUUUGCUUCUCGAGGCGAUUCUUUGAAUUCAAUAUUAUUUUACCUGAUCAGAGAUCUCAGAGAAUUGGGAAUUGGCAUAUUUCAGUUUGGCCUUGUAUUAAACGAAACGAUAAAAGAAACCAAAAGGCAGGUAUACACAUAUUUCAGACUGAAAAAAAGAGAAUCAAAAUAUUUCUGUAUACGUAUACAGUAUGUCGCAAAAGUGUGGAGUAAAUUCAUUAUUUCUAAAACGCUGUGUCUAGGUACACGCUAACGUGUACGCAAAUA